AAAUGUCCAAAGUGUAGUAAUAAAGUACAUUAUGAAAAUAAACAGAAAAGAUAUCAUUGUUCAUGGUAUCAAUGUAAGAAAUCAUUAUCAAUUUUUCAAGAUACAAUAUUUUAUAAUGCAAAGUUACCAAUUAAUAAAAUUUUAUUUCUAUUAUAUGAAUUUUUAAAAAAAACAUCACGAGAUAGUGCUGCUGUUACUGUUGGUAUUACACAUAUUACAACAACUUAUUAUUAUAAAAAAUUUAGAGAACAACUUUCAAUCUAUGCAGUUGAUAAUAUAAAAAAUAACUUACUAGGUGGUAAAAAUGAAACUGUUGAGAUAGAUGAAUCGUAUUUUUGUAAAAGAAAGUAUAAUAAAGGUCAUCAUGUAAGUGGAAUAUGGGUUCUUAGUGGUAUUCAGAGAGGUACAAAAAAAAUA